AUGUUCAGAAGUACUUUUCAGGGUGGAUUUCUGUCUAUAUUAUAUAGCAUCGGCAGCAAACCUCUUCAGAUAUGGGAUAUAAAGGUUAAGAAUGGGCAUAUCAAACGAGUUACAGACAAUGACAUCAACUCGCUCGUGCUGGAGGUAGAGGGUUCAAAUGUCAGUACCAACUACAUCACCUGCCCUGCUGAUCCUAGGCAAACACUUGGUAUCAAAAUGCCUUUUCUUGUUAUGAUCGUCAAGAAAACUAGGAGAUAUUUCAGCUUUGAAGUCCAGGUUUUAGAUGACCAGAAUUUACGUCGGCGGUUUCGGGCAAGUAAUCACCACAGCAAGACACAAGUGAAUUCAUUUAUGUGCACUAUGCCAAUAAAUGUUGAUGACCGCUGGAACCAGUUUCAGUUCAAUUUAGCAGACAUCACCAGGAGGGCUUAUGGAACCAGUUAUGUAGAGACACAACGCGUGCAGAUUCAUGCUAAUUGUCGUAUUAGGAGAGUUUAUUUCACAGAUAGGCAAUAUACAGAGGAUGAGCUCCCACCUGAGUUUAAAUUGGUUAUUCCUGUCAAGAAACAGGAUGGAAGGUAG